UGGCCCCCAAUGCUCCCAAGUACAACCUCAAUCUUGGUGUAUAGAUGCUGCGAUGGCUCAUACUCUUGACGCAAGUAUAUAAGCCGGAGGUUGCUUUCACGAUAAUGGCUCAAUAUCCUUCACAAACCUCAUGAAUCUACGACUUGUCUUCUCAUUCCAGCGUUUGUCCUGUUAGCAUUAUUGUCGUCAAUAGAAUUAUACCCACUGCUUUGUCCUUUCACUUUUCGAUCAAGAACAUAGAUUUCCAUUGAACCAACCCGAGCCACAUAUACCCAAACUUCACAAUGUUCGACCUCUCCAAAUUCCAAGACGACAUCGGCCAGCUGGCCGGCCUCAAAACCUACACCCACCUCUUACUAUCAUUCCCCAUCCCAGACCGACACGCCCAAAGGGCAGCCAUCAAUGCCCUAUACACAGCCACGGAGACCCUCAUCUCCGAGUUCCCCUGGCUAGCCGCCGAGGUCGUGCACGAGGGCCGGACCCCCGGCAACUCAGGCACCUUCCGGCUACAGUCGUGUCCCGAGUUCAGCCAGCCGGAAGACCUCGUCAUCGUGCGCGAUGCCUCGAGCAUCUGCCCGUCCUACCAAGAGAUCUGCGCCGCGCGAGGGCCAUGCUCAAUGCUGCCGGUCAGCGCGCUGGGACCCGUGGUCUCGUUCCCGGAGCGAUACGAAGACUCGAGCAUCGAGCCGGCGCGCGUCUUCAUCAUGCAAGCCAACUUCAUCGAGGGCGGGCUCCUCCUUGACCUCGCCGCGCAGCACAACUUCAUCGACGGCGGGGGUCUCUUCCAAUGCGCACGGCUGCUGGCCAAAGCCCUGCGCCACGAGCCCUUCACGGCCACCGAACUGAGCCAGGGCAACCGCGACCGCCGCACGAUCAUCCCGCUGCUCCACCCCUCCGAGCCCAUGCUCGACCACUCCCACCUCCGCCGCCCCACCAUCCCCAGGUCCCUGCCAGCCCCCCGCGCCCCAGCCAGCUGGCACUUCUUCCAAGUCCCCGCCAAACAAAUGGCGCAGAUCAAGCAGCGCGCCAACACGGAACUCGCCUCCUCCUCCCUCCACAAGCUCAUCCCCCUCGUCUCCACCAACGACGCCCUCUGCGCCUUCCUCUGGAGACGCAUCGCCGCGGCCCGCCGCCGCCAGAGGCCGCAGCCAGCGCACCGACGCACGAAAUUCUCGCGCGCCGUCGACAGCCGCCGCGCCAUGGACGUCUCCCCGGAGUACAUGGGCCAGAUGGGGUACAACGCGACGACGCGGGUCGCCUACGGGGACCUCGACACGAUGACCCUGGGCGAGACGGCGGGCGUGCUGCGGGCGCAGGUGCGCGAGGUCAACCACGCGUACGCCGUGCGCAGCUGGGCUACCUUCAUUGCACAGGAGCCCGACAAGUCGACCAUCAUGUUCGGGGGCGACUUCGACCCCGAGACGGACAUCGGGGUCUCGUCGCUGGCGCAUACGGAGCUGUACAGCUGUGGGUUUGGGGAUGCAUUGGGCCACCCCUCGCUUGUGCGGCGGCCGACCUCGGCGCCGUUCGAGGGGUGUGUGUACUUCUGGUCGCGCACGGAGAACGGCGAUCUGGGCGUCAUGGCGUGUUUAAAUGAGGGGGAUGUCCGGGCGUUGAGGCGGGAUCGGCACUGGGCGCGGCAUGUGGAGUAUAUUGGAUAG